AGAAAGUGAAAAUGAUUGACAUUUUGUGUAAUUAUGGCUCCGCCCCCUCGGGACAGGAUCACAUACAUACUGUCGUGUCAUAACGUACCUGUGACCCAAGCCUUCUACCCACCGCAAUACCUGUUCUAUACACUGAUUUACACGAAGAUGAAUAGCAAAGGUUGUAAAAUGAUGAAAUUGUUCCUGUUAUACAUCGUGGUACUCAACACGGUGAUAACAACUGCCGCAGAGACGACAAACAACCGUAUACUGCUGAGCAGUGUGUUGGUGGGGACUGCCCUGGCCGCCUCAGUGUCUGGAAAUUACGACUUCAGUUACACUGACCUUGCCCUGCUGACUACCGCUGUCCUCGUUGUCAACUUCCCCACGAAUCCGCCUGUGCCUGUGCAAGACUCCUGCACGGCCCCGGGUUACACGGCCGACCCGUUGCUGGGUUGUUAUCGCGUGGUGACGAGCGACACCUCAUUUGUAACCUACGACCAGGCAAAACAAGCGUGUGUCAACGACGGAGGGAGGCUACUCCUGAUCAACUCAGAGGCAGAGGCAAACGCUCUCGUAGCUAUAUUACGUACGUACGCUGCCGGGGGUUUACCUUAUUGGUUUAUACAAGGCACCAGAACAGGUGCUUCCCUAACAUGGUUUGAUGAUAGUGGAAACCCUUUAAUUUACCUGCCUUCAACUGUGACCUCCCAAAAUUCUCUUACAUCUACCAGAUUAAGUCUCACCCUUCAACUCGGCGGUUUUCAGUACGAAGCACUUCAACCCACAACGACUUCAAAUAGAUUUGUGUGUGAAAUUUAGGAUCAAUAAGUUCGGAUAUUGUUUUAUAAUUUUUGUUUUCUGCAAUUUUAUUUCAUAACAAAUUAAAAAUGAAUAAUCAAUCCUUAAAAAAACUUAAUGAAAAUGAAUGGUAUAAGAAUCAAAGAUAAACAAUAUUACCUGUUUUGAAAUUCUAACCAAAUUAGAAUAGCAGUGAUUUAAUAAAACGAUUCUGUUUUCGAUUGAAUGAUCUUUAAAAAACAUAUGUUGCAUCAAAACCUCGCAACAAUGAUAGUAGAUGUUGUUCGUAGGUCACUUUCUUUAUAUCAAUAAUGCUAUUAAUAUUUUUUUUAAAUAGUAUGGAUCACAAAAAAAUUCAAUGCGGAUGAAAGUACAUCAUGUUUGAAUUUUGGAAAAUAAGUUAUAAAUCCAAAGGAAAUUUUGGCGUCAUGAAAAACAACAACCAAACGCUUCAACCAACUGCCCUACAUUAUUACUGCAACAAUAUUACAAAUGGAAAAUAAUUAAAAAGUAAUUUUAAGAGCUUAUUUAAACACAAUGUAUGUACAUUU